AUGGCAGCAGGUUGGUUUGUCUCUCGAGGAUCGAAUCGGCUAUGCAGAAGCUUUUUCUCCCAGCCAAUAUUCCUAGCAUUUACUAGCUCAGUGUUAUUUUUUAUCUACAUAUCAAAGCUUCAAAACCAGCAUGCUAAAAAUACAGAUCCUCAAACAAAUGUGAGAACAGCAAUACAGCAGUAUCAUGACAGCAAGCUUUUCAUUUCACAAGAACCAAACAAUGGAAAAGAGAAAAGAAUUAUUAACCUUCAUGAGUCGAUAGAAGAAGGCGAAACCUCUUCCUCCUUGAAUGGCAGUCUCGGCAGACAGCAUAAGCCUAAGGAAAAGGCUGAAACGGGCUCGACUGGCUACGACAACAACAAGUUCAAAGAUGUUUUCCACGACAGGGAUCUCUUUAGAAACGAGUAUGACGGCAUGAACAGAAGCUUAAAGAUAUAUGUGUAUCCCCACGAGACAAAUGACACAUUUGCUAACAUAUUGCUGCCGGUAGACGCUGAGCCACAGGGAAACUAUGCGAGCGAGAGCUACUUCAAGAAAUCCCUCUUCAGGAGUCAUUUUCUUACAAACAACGCCUUGGAAGCAGACCUUUUCUAUCUGCCCUUUUCCAUUGCUGGCUUGAGGAAUGACAAGAGAGUCGGGGUCGGAAGGAUUCAGGAUUUCAUCAAGAGCUACAUUCGACACGUCAGUCAGAACUACCCUUACUGGAAUAGGACUGGUGGAGCUGAUCACUUCUAUGUUGCUUGUCAUUCUGUUGGAAGAUCGGCAAUGGAGAAAGCAAUAGAAGUUAGACUAAAUGCAAUCCAAGUAGUAUGUUCUUCAAGCUAUUUUGUGUCCACCUAUGUUGCUCACAAGGAUGCAUCUAUCCCGCAGAUUUGGCCUAGGAAUGGGAAACGUCCGAUGCGAUUGCCAUCAGAGAGAAAGAAGCUCGUUUUCUAUGCAGGAGCAAUGAACUCACGAGUUCGUGAAUUCCUAGUAAGGGUUUGGAAGAACGACAACGAUGUAUCCGUUCAUCAGAGGCGUCUUAAAACACCAUAUUCAGAAGCCCUUUUGGGGAGCAAGUACUGCAUACAUGCCAAAGGCUUUGAAGUAAACACAGCACGUAUAGCAGAUGCUCUGUACUAUGGUUGUGUGCCUGUGGUUUUAGCAGAUCACUAUGAUCUCCCUUACACAGACAUUUUGAAUUGGGACAGCUUCUCUGUUGUUGUCUCAACAGAGGAUAUCCCUAUGCUCAAGAAAAUUCUUCAAGGAAUCAGUUACGGAGAUUACUUGAAAUUACAGAGGAAUGUGAUGAGAGUGCAGAAACAUUUUCAGUGGCAUCAAUUUCCACUAGACUUUGAUGCUUUCUAUAUGGUUAUGUAUGAGUUAUGGAUCAGAAGAAAUCAUGUAAGAAUAUCACUGAAUUCUCUCUAG